GACAACCAGAAGUAAGACUGGGAAUACUAAAAGGAAGCUUUUCCCUUGGAAGUAAGAAAGGAAGAACUCCAGCACAGAAGCUUUGCUGCAGAGGCCAUGGGCUGCUGGAAGCAAGAGAAAAUCAGCACCUGGGCUUUUCCCACCCUGAUCCUCUGCCUCUAUGGAUUCUUCUACAUGAUGAAACCAUCAGAACCUUUCCUAACACCCUAUCUAACAGGACCAGAUAAAAACCUGACCACAGAUGAGGUUACCAACCAGAUUUUUCCAGUCUGGACAUACUCCUACCUGGCUCUCCUUUUCCCAGUGUUCCUGCUCACAGACUAUGUGCGCUACAAGCCCGUUGUCCUCCUGCAGGGCAUCAGCCUCAUUGUCACGUGGCUCCUGCUGCUCUUUGCACAUGGAGUGGUGGCCAUGCAGCUGGUGGAAUUCUUCUAUGGCAUGGUCACAGCCACCGAGGUGGCCUAUUACGCCUACAUCUACAGCGUGGUCAGCAGCCAACACUACCAGAGGGUCACCAGCUACUGCAGGAGCGUCACUCUGGUGGCAGCCACCGUGGCCGCCGUGCUGGGCCAGCUGCUGGUGUCCUUAGCAGGCGUCUCCUACUUCCACCUCAACGCCAUCAGCUUGGCUUCCGUGUCCCUGGCAUUCGUGUGCACGCUCUUCCUGCCCAUGCCCCAGAGGAGCAUGUUCUUCCACAGGAAAGAUGCCCCUGAGCCUGUGCCAGGGCCUGGCAAAGAGCUGCCUGUGGCCACUGCCCCCAGGCCCCAGAGCUGCCAAGAGGAAAGGAGCCCUGAUGCUGCUGCCAGGGCCCUGAGCCCCCAGCGCCAGGCUGGCAGUGCCGGGCCCCACAGGCACCUGCUGAGCGUGCUGCUGCAGCUGGGCAGGGACCUGAGGCACUGCUACGGCUCCCGCAAGCUCCUCUGCUGGUCCCUGUGGUGGGCUCUGGCCACGGCCGGCUUCAACCAGGUGGUGAAUUACGUCCAGGUGCUGUGGGACUUCCGAGCCCCCUCGCACAGCUCCGCAGUGUACAAUGGAGCUGUGGAAGCCAUAGCAACUUUUCUGAGCUCAGUAACAUCUUUCCUAGUACAAUAUAUGCAGAUUAACUGGGACCAUUUUGGAGAACUGGCUUUAGGGAUCUUCUCUGCAAUAGAUGCUGGUUGUCUGUUUCUCAUGCACUUCUCUAGCAGCAUCUGGGCAUGUUAUGCUGGAUAUCUCAUUUUCAAGGCAUGCUAUGUGCUCCUCCUGACAAUAGCAACGUUCCAGAUCGCCGUCAAUCUGAGCAUGGAGCGCUAUGCCCUGAUGUUUGGAUUCAACAACUUCAUUGCCCUGCUGAUCCAGACCAUUCUCACAAUAGUUGUUGUAGAUUCAAGAGGCCUGGGACUGGACAUAGUGACUCAAUUUUUAAUUUAUGGCAGCUACUUCGCAGUCAUACAUGGGAUUUUCAUGAUCAGAAGCAUUUGUGUGCUCAUCUCAUGCAAAUGCCAAAGGAAAAUAGUGAGAUCUUGCACAGAGCAGCUGAACCAGGCUGAGCAUGAGUCAAGAGAGCAGAUUGUCACAAGCUGCAUGACACGGCUAUAG